AGAGGAAAAAGACAUAUGUAUAAAAAGAAGUUCCCUUCUACUUGCUUUCGUUUGGAGCAGAAAUAAACAGACACAGUUUCUUCGGUUCUUCUCUCUCUUUCCUUUUCUCACGCCGAGAUUUCUGCGACUGCUCUAGUCGCACGACCUUUUAAGAAUCGACGCCAUCUUCACUCUGUUUGAGCUCACACAUCACGAUCUUGGACGUCUUUUUAAGCGCAAAACAAAAGACUGAUGUGUACAUAUUACUAAAUACGGGCUUGGAGUUUUGCCUUUUGGACUGAGAAACUCAAGAGAGAAAGAGAGAGAGAGAGAGUGUGUCUUAUCCGGUUUUGUGUUGUCAGAAGCUCAAAGACAAAACAAAAAAGCAAUUAUUUUUAGGGUUCAAACGAAGAAAAAUUGGAAAUUUGAGAAGUUGUGGGUGGUGGCUUCUUCAAGUGUAAAGCUUUUUCUUAGACUCUUCUUCCAAUUUGUGAGUCUAUCUCUCUCUCUCUCAGUAAGCUCUUUCUCUCUCUCUCUCUCUCUCUCUCUCUCUUUAAUCUUUAUUCGUUCUUUCUUUAUUUGCUCUGUGUCGUUUCCUUAUUUUUGGCUUAAUUAUACAAACUUUAGUUACUUAAAAGCUAAUUACAAGUAUAUUUACUUCUCUAUUGUUGCUAAUCUUUGAUUCUGAUUUCGUUUAUACAAUUCCCGUGACCAAAAAAAAGUUACCAUCUAAGAUAUAAGAUAGUGUUACCAGUUUUCUACUCAUAAUUUUGUUAUUGUGAUGCAAUAAGUUGAGUUCUCUUUACAUUAUCUUCAAUAACUCUCUGAGAGUGACUUUUUGUUCUCCUCUGAUCCGUGGAGGGUUAUGUGUGUGUGUGUUUUUUGUUUUUUGGGGGUUUUUUCUCCUGUUUUUAGGGACUCUAGUGAUUCAUGCAUAUAUGAUGUUAUUGUCUGUUUAUGAGAAUAUGGAAAUAAUUUAAGCAAGGUAUGAUAACAUAUAGGAUAAUCUUUUGUUUGAGCUUAUAAUUCUGCUUAGAAAUCUUAAAAUAAUGCUUACGCUGUUGAUGUGAACUUGAGGCCUAGCCUCUGACCACAAAUCCUAGCCUACUUCGUUGACCAUACCUUUAUCUUGGCUUUAUAUUCUAAUCCAAAUCCUGUCUCCCAAUGCAUUGGUUGGUCCAAAACAAAAUCCUCAUUUCAUAGAUCUUGUAAUCUUUUUGGUCUGUAAUUUGCAUUAGGAUGGUAACCUCGUACAUCAUGUGAAAUGUCUUUGUUAGUAUAAACUUUGGUAAGUUGUGUUGAUGACUUUCAAGCAUUUCUUCUUAUUGACAAAGGGAUGGACUUCUCUAGAGACGCUGGAAUGAUGAUGGAGAACAAGCGGAAUGUCUGCUCUCUCGAAGAAAGCAGUAUCAAACGGCACAAGUCUGAUCUCUCUUUCAAUUCCAAGGAGAGGAAGGACAAAGUUGGAGAACGUAUUUCAGCUCUUCAACAAAUAGUUUCCCCUUAUGGAAAGACCGACACUGCAUCAGUUCUUCUAGACGCGAUGCAUUACAUAGAGUUUCUUCACGAACAAGUGAAGGUGCUAAGUGCUCCGUAUCUGCAAACGAUACCUGAUGCUACGCAGGAGGAGGUGGAGCAGUACAGCCUGAGAAACAGAGGAUUAUGCCUUGUUCCAAUGGAGAAUACAGUUGGAGUUGCUCAAAGCAACGGAGCUGAUAUCUGGGCGCCCGUGAAGACUCCUCUUUCUCCAGCUUUCAGUGUCACAUCUCAAUCACCCUUUAGAUGACCAAUUCGGCUUUUCACCUACUAAGAUCUUUGUGUUAAGCCUAAAGAAGAUGACCAAUUGUUAUUAUUCUGAUGAUGCCUCUGUAACAUAUAUAGACAGAGAGACACAUGGUGUUGGUUUAGAACAGCUCAUGGUUGGCAAUGGCUGUUAUUAUUUGACUGCUUAAUGCAUCCCCUUACUUUGGACUUAUGUAAUAUGCCCAAACAGAAACCAAAUGAUUCUAAUGCAAAGUAAUCUUCAUGCCAAAAA